AUUUAUGGAUGGGACAUGAACAUCAACAAGGUCCAGGCCAAAUUAUGUGGAUCAAUCGGGGCCCUUUCAACCUUUUCCGAGGACCCCUCUCAACACAACAACAGCAACACCCCCUCUUACCUCGACCAAUCUAAACCUUCCACGUGUCAUCAUCCCAAUACCCCCCUUCUCCACCUCCCCCAUUGCUACGUACCUGAGAAUUGAACGUUCAACUUGAUCACAACAAAUACAAGAGAAGGGUCACCAUCGUUGAUAAUUAAGGAGGAGGAGAUUUAUUUCUCCUCCUGAUCCAUCAUUAAGGAUUUAGAGUCAAAGACAUUGAAUUCCACGUCAACAUGUAUUAAUCUUUUUUGCAUAUACAUAUGUAUAUAUAGUUGGAGCAAAGGGUCGUCGUCCCAUUCCAUCGUGUGAUAUGGCAAAGGAGGAACAAUAUCACAGGGCACGACAAUCAAAAGGUAACCAGCAACUGAAUGAUGAGUUGAAAAUAAAAGCAAAUGAACUCGAAAAGCUUUUUGCCGAGCAUAAACUGCGUGCUACUCCUCGAAAUCAAUCUAGUUCCGUUAGAACUAGCAGGCAUGGUUACAUGCAAAGUUGGCCAUCAGCUACUUCAUCAUACAAAAAUCUACCUGAAAUGGACGAUGUUUUUGUUGGUGAAGUUUUGGACAAUGAUACGUCUAAGGAAACUGCAGCCAGUAUGAAUGUAGACAGAUCUGUUGAUCAUGUUGAGCUAAUAGGUUUUUCGGGUUCUCCAGGGAAAUUUUAUGAUAUGUAUAUGCAGAAAAGGGAUGCAAAACUUAGGGAGGACUGGAAUUCUAAAGGAGCAGAGAAGGAAGCAAAGUUGAGGGCUAUGGAGGAUAGCUUUGAGAGGAGUUCGGCUGAAAUGAAGACUAUGGAGAGACUUAGAUCAUUCAACUCCAGCUCAACUUCUAGCAGAGACCAGCAACAGUCGGUAUUCUUUCAGCAAAGUGAUGAUAAAGAGGAUAUGUCUGAAUUCAUGAAUCAGAAAAGGAAUGAUGUAAUUAGGUCUUCCAGUGAAACAUCUUUGGAAGAAGUUUCUAAGCAAACUACUACUCCGAGGAAGAAACAACAUUUACCUAUCAAAACUUCAUCCAAAAUUCACAACAUAGGAACAUCUGUUCCAAGGUCUCCUAUGAAGGUUUCUAGUAGUCCUUCCCUUCGGCGAAAAUCUCAACCUGAAAGUCCACUUGUACGCUCCGUUCCAACCUUGUCUUACAUGAGAAAGGAAAAUACGGAGCCUUAUUCUCCAGCUGGUAAAACGACGACUCGUGCACACAAUUCGCGUAGCAAAUUGCUGCACUCACAGUCCUUAAGAAAAAGUUCUGCUUUGAAUUCUGAGGGUGUUGUUUUGGCACCUCUCAAAUUUGAUAAAGAAAAGAUGGAACAAAGUCCUAAGGGUGCAUUUUUAGCACCUCUGAAAUCCGGGAAGGACAAUAUGGACCGGAGUCUCAGUGAUAAAUUUUCCAGCAUUUCGGAUACAAAGACUUCAGUAAAGAAGGGAAAAGAUGCUGACUUCAGUUCAAGAGGUAGUUUGACUGAAACAAGGGUUUCUAACGUUGCAUCUACAUUUGCACACAAUGAAGAUGAGGAUGUUGUUGACAUGGAAAUAGACUCUGAGGACUCAGAGGGUAGAGCUGAGCACGACUUUGAGAACAUGAUAUCUGCUGUUCAUGAGGAAAAUUUUGAUAACGGGACACCAAAACUGAGUCACGAGAUGGAGGUGGUAAAUUCUGUUUCAGAAAAUAGACGUUUACUGAGAUCAUUAUCUCAAGUUUGCUAUGCUUCGGAAGCUGGAUAUUCGCCUUCUUCUAUGCCUUCCAACUUCCUAAACAGUCCUGUCUCACAGACUCAUGAUAUGUCUGAUGUUGAUGCUUUAGACUCUCCUGUGGGAAGUCCUACAUCCUGGAAUUCACAUUUUCUGAGUUCAAAAGAGACUGAAGGUGCUACUACAAUGAGGAAGAAAUGGGGAACGACAACUCAGAAUCCAAUCAAUAAUGUAAAAUCUUCUCAAAAUCUCUCGCGCAAGGAUAAGGCCAGAGGAUUUAAACGAUUAUUAAAAUUUGGGAUGAAGAGCCCUGGCGCAGAUAGUUUUGUUAAAGACUGGAUUACUGCAACUAUUUCUAAACGAAGUGAUUGCACAAGAAAUGGACAUGAUAGUCCCCAUAGGUCUGAUCAUAGCUUAUACAAGGAUGUGCUUUUCAAUGAACGAGUUCAAUCCUUGCACAGGUCUAUUCCGGCAACUCCAGCUAACUUCAAACUGAGGGAGAAUCAUUUAUCAGGAAGCUCAAUAAAGGCUGCGAAACCAUUCUUUUCUUUGUCGUCGUUCAGAAGCAAGGGAAAGGACUCGAAGCCAAGAUAAGUCCCUCGAAGGACAAGGUUCCAGCUAUAAAACACAUGGAAUUGCCUUGACACAUUUUCAAAUCAUUUUUUUAGCCAGAGCUUGAGGUAUGUCUGUGCUAUGUAAAACCUACAAUCCUCUAAACAUAAUUUAUAAAUUGUACAUAUAUAGUACUAUGUUAUUUUGGCUUGUUAUGCCUUGCUUUACGUUGUUUAUUGCCUUGGGAGGACGAAUCCCACUGGCUGAAUGAUAAUGUAAUAUCAUCGGCAGUCAAGAGCAUUCUUAAACUUCCAUUUUUAUUUUUUCUAGUCAUUCAAGCUUGAUUUUUGUAAACAUUACAAGUUUGGUUUAUGUUCAAAUCGUUGAAUAUCA